ACGUACGGCGGUGUAGAUCGUAUUUCGUAUUGUGUAGUAGGUGUUUGAAAAAUAAUCUUAACUCGGGCUCAUCCCCUUCUCUGCCAGCUAGCUCAAAAAGUUCAAAACAAUAGGACGAAUUUUACAAACUCUUCUACAUUACGAAAACAGUGGAAAUUGGUAUUGUUUGCAACUUUUCCUAAGCCACGAUUCAAAAGUGCGUGAAAAAGAUAGUAAAGAAAUCUAAAAGUUAACUCUCCUUUGUUGGGCUCAAAUGAGAUGUCCUUUACAUAAACAAUGUUUAUCAGAAAUUGCGAAGAAUAUUCCUACUUUUGUUAGUCAACAGUCCACUUUUCGUUUUUCUGGGAUUACUGACUUAUGAAGAAACUCGCGUAAAACAUUGCAUUACCAAAUCAGCAAUCAAACAAAAAAACGCUAAAAAAUCUGAACCAAGUCGAAAAUGCCCAUCCUGUACAGCGUGAUAACCCGGGGGCCCACGGUGCUGGCCAAGUAUGCCGAGUGUGUGGGGAACUUUGCCGAGGUGACCGAGCAAAUCAUACCGAAGAUCAAACUGGAUGACCACAAACUUACCUACUCGCAUGGAAAUUAUCUGAUACACUACAUCUGCGAGAAUCGGAUUAUCUACAUGUGCAUUACGGAUGAUAGCUUCGAGCGGGCCCGCGCUUUCCUCUUUCUCACCGAGAUCAAGAAACAGUUCAUCCAGACCUAUGGCCUCACCGUGGCGACGGCCAUCGCGUACGCCAUGAACACCGAGUUCUCCCGGAAGCUGGCCAGCGAAAUGAAACGGUUCGACUCCCGGGAGGUGGACGCCAUUAGCUCCGUGCACGGACAGUUGGACGAACUGAAGGACAUCAUGGUCAAAAACAUUGAGAACAUAACAAACCGGGGAGAACGGUUGGAGCUGCUCGUGAAUCAGACAGAGAAUUUGCGAAAUAAUUCGGUAACAUUCCGCCAGACGUCUCGGAACCUGGCGCGUACCAUGUUCUGGCGUAGCGUUCGAAUGUACUGCCUCAUUGCGGCUAUCCUGCUUUUUGUCAUUUACAUCGUUAUAAGUAUGGCUUGUGGUGGUUUACUGUGGUCGAGUUGCGUGCAUAGUGGAGGGGCCAAAGAUUCGCUUCCGGUUCCGACAUCCUCACCGGCUCCUACUCCGGCUUCAGGAUUUUAAGGUUAACUCGCUGGCAAUGGGUUUGGACUUUCACACAUACACACUUGUAUUCCAAUCUUAGGUGGAUAAAGUAGACGAAAAUUGGCUGAUGUUUGCAAUCGGAUAGACUUGGCGCGAAUAGUGAUAAAGUAACAAUCUAUGAGAAUCGUUUUCCGUGGUCCAUUAUACGUUUAUUUUCUGUUUCGAGAUUUGUUACGUUCACAUUUGUUCUUUAUUUUGGGUCAUACUGCAAAAAAAAAUAAAUAAUGUGUAAAAAAUCAAAAUUUGUAUACAGGCUUUCAAAAUUUCAGGCGCAGAGCUUUUCCAGGGUAUUAUCUGUUGAAACUUCACAGCGAACGUUUCCUGUCACAUUAGACUGCUAGGCUCGUGCCGAUGGACGUUUGGAGUUGAACCUCUGUCAUAAUGAAAUGUACGGUAAAUAUUGUUAUUACAUUUCCAACUAUCGUUUCGUGCCCACGAAUUUUGAUCGAGUUAACGAACACGAAAGGCAAUUUAAUCUUAGAUAUUCUGAAAUCAAAAAGCAUGUUUUUAUAUUAUCACUUAACAAUAGUAAAACAAGAACAGUUAUAUUUAGAUGAAA